CCAUACACGCAUAGAUCUGUUGGAGAAAGCAUAUUCCCCAUUAACUUCCCCUGCUCUCUAGGAUUUCCAGGAAUUACUCUUACAGGAUUUUUCAACAGGCCCAAAAAUUUGCUCCAAACUAGUGGCUGCUGUCUUCCAAUGUUUCUUUCAGAAGAAACCAAAAUCUCCUGUAAUGUGUGUGGGAAGAUUUUCAAUGCUCAGUACAAUCUCAACCGACACAUGCCGGUUCACACUGGUGUCAGGCCAUUUGAGUGCAAGAUUUGUGGAAAAUCAUUUCGGCAAGCGUCCACUCUUUGUCGACACAAGAUUAUUCAUACAAAACUCAAGCCGCAUACG